AUGAGCGGCUCCAUGCGUGACCUCAUCUCGGCCGAAGCUGAGCUGGACGACGAGGAAGAUGAGUCGUUCGACGAGGAGACUGGAGAGGAGCGCAGACGGAAGAAGGGCCCCCAUUUCGAAGACUCGAGCGAGGAGGAGGAGGAUGACGACGACGAAGAGGAAGCACGAAAGGUCCGAGAAGGUUUCAUUGUUGAUGAGGACGAGGAAGAAGAGGAUGGGGAAGAGGGCGGAGAAUCCGAAGGCGACGAACGACCAGUCGUGAAGAGAAAACGGGAACAUCGCGACCGCGAGGAGGAGGAACGUCUCGACGAGGAAGAUCUGGAACUCAUUGGCGAGCAGUUUGGCGGGCGGCCUAAAUCGCAGGCCCAGUCCAAGUUCAAACGUCUCAAGCGCGGUCACCGUGGCGCAGACGAACCGGCCAACGAGCGCCGAGGACUCGAAGAAAUAUUCUCUGACGAGGAUGAUGAUGCGGGAGACCAGCGACCCUAUGGGAGACCCAACUUCCGCGCCCAGGCCGACGAGUUUGACGACUUUAUCGAGGAAGAUUUCCCUGAAGAUGAGGAUGAGCGAAUGCGACAGCUUGAGGAUGCCGAAGUCGCUCGCCCCAGAGAUCGCGGUGUCGGUACCGUCGUCGACACCUCCGGCCUCGACAAGGAUGCCCUCGACGACAUGGAAGCCAUUUUCGGCAAUGGCGAGGACUAUGACUGGGCCCUCCAGCUGGAGGAGGAGGAAGAGGACCGCGAAAGGGACGAGCAAGCAAUCGAGCUCAAGGACGUUUUCGAGCCCUCGCAGCUAAAGGAAAAGCUGCUCACAGACGAAGACAACGAGAUUCGCUUCACCGACGAGCCCGAGCGAUUUCAACUCGAUCGAAAGCCCUUCAAAAGCCUCCAGCUCACGGCCGAGCAGUUCAGGGAAGAGGCGAGGUGGAUCACCAACCAGCUUUGGCCGAAGAAGGGCCUGGUCCAGGAGCUUCAGGCCCCCUUUGGCAAAGCUGUCGGCAAAGUCCUCGAGUUCUUCAUCGUUGACGAGGUCGAGGUACCCUAUGUGUUUCAGCAUCGGAAAGACUAUCUGCUGCAUUCCAAAAAGAUACGGAGAUCGACGCGAGACGAUCCAGACGGCCCCGACUACACCAUCCAGUCUGACAAGCUUUUGACCCAGGACGACCUGUGGAGGGUCCUUGAACUUGACAUAAAGUUUCGCUCUUUCGUCGACAAGAGGAACUCUCUCGAGAAGACGUUUGAAAACCUGAAGUCGCUUGAAGUCGACGACCCCAUGGUGGCGGAGAUGAUCCCCGAGGCGGCUACCAUGGAAGAGCUGCAAGAUCUGCAAGACUACUUGCAAUUUCAAUACGGCCCCAAGCUGAAGGACUUGGCUGCCUUGGCCGGCAAUGUGUCGCAGAUGAAGCGGCCUGGGUCCAAGUCGUCACUGCUCGAUCGCGUUCGCAACGGCAAGGCUUACCAUUUUGUCAAGGCAUAUGGCAUCUCGGCCGACCAGCUGGCCAAGAAUGCUCUCCGACAAGGGAAGAAGGUUGCACCUGAUGAUGAUGAGCAGUAUCCCAUGGAUCUGGCCGACGCCCUCAUCGACGACAACUUCAGCACCGGGGACCAGGUCAUCAACGCCGCCCGCCAACUGUUCUCGGAGGAAUUGUUCGCCAGCCCUCGGAUGCGAAAGUACUUUCGCAGCUCCUACUACCAGGCCGCAGAAAUCAGCUGUCGCCGGACGGACAAGGGACUGCGCAAGAUCGAUGACUCGCAUCCCUACUACGAGGCCAAGUACCUCCAGAAUCAGGCCAUCGCCGAUCUCGUUCACCAGCCGGAGCUAUUUCUCAAGAUGAUGCGUGCCGAAGAGGAAGGGCUGGUGGAAAUCAAGGUCGAGAUGCCUCAACGAUACGACUUCCGGCGUCACCUGCAUCAGGAGUUUGAGUCGGAGAACUUCAGCGAUCGCGCAGAGCAGUGGCGCGAGGAACGCAAGCGAGUGCUCGAUCUUGCUUAUCCCAAGCUGGCAAAGGUCAUUGUCAAAAACGUCAAAGAGGUGAUUCGGACGUUUUGUCAAGACGAGGUCCUGAAGAUGUGCCGGCAAGAGUUUUACAGGAAACUGGACCAGGCUCCCUACAAGCCCAAGGGAAUGGUCUCGGGCACGACGCCUCGAGUCCUAACACUCUCCAACGGCAUGGGCGAUCCCGCUCGCGAUCCCACCUGCUGGGCCUGGGUGGAGGAGGACGGUCGCGUGCUAGAGCAGGGUAAGUUCGGCAAUCUCUCUCGAGACGAGGCCCAGCGCGACGAGUUUGUCGAACUCGUCCAGCGCCGUCGCCCUGAUGUCAUUGGCGUGAGCGGCUGGUGUGCAGACUCACAAAAGCUGGUUCGCGACCUAGAGAGCAUUGUGAGCGAAAAGGGACUCAUGGGCCCCGAGUUUGACGAUCCGGAGACCAACGACUACCGCACCGAGCCUCUGGAGGUGAUUGUGGUCGACGACGAGGUCGCGAGACUGUACAAGGACAGCCCCCGCGCACUGGCCGAGCAUCCAUCCCUCAACCCCGUUACUCGGUACUGUAUCGCGCUGGCCCGCUACAUGCAGAAUCCUCUGAAGGAGUACGCUGCACUGGGCAAAGACGUCGGGUCAAUCUCGUUCCAUCCUUGCCAACACCUGCUGCCUCAAGACAAGCUGACGAAGUAUCUCGAGUCUGCCAUGGUCGACACGGUCAACAUGGUUGGCGUCAACAUCAACGAUGCCAUGGCCGACACGUACACGGCGAACCUGCUGCCCUACGUUGCUGGACUGGGCCCCCGCAAGGCCACGAGCGUGAUCAAGGCCAUCAAUGCAAACGGCGGAUCCGUCAACACGCGGGACGAGCUGGUGGGCGACCCCGACAGCGGCAAACUGCCCGUCGUCGGUCCGAGGGUCUGGAACAACUGCGCCAGUUUUCUCUACAUCGACUACGACGCCACAAACCCGUCCUCGGACCCACUAGACAACACGCGAGUUCACCCGGAGGACUACGAGCUCGGCCGCAAGAUGGCGGCCGACGCACUGGAGCUGGAUGAGGAGGACGUCAAGGCCGAGACGGACGAGAACGGCCCCGGAGCCAUUGUGCGCAAGCUGUUCAAGCAGGACGAGCAAGAGCGCGUCAACGAGCUGGUACUCGACGAGUACGCGGAUCAACUGCUCAAGAACUUCAACCAGCGAAAACGGGCCACCCUCGAGGCCAUUAGUGCCGAGCUCCAAGCCCCCUACGAGGAGCUACGAAGGUCCUUUGCCGGGCUGAACCAGUCAGAAAUCUUCACCAUUUUCACGGGCGAGACCAAGACGUCGCUAUGCGAGGGCAUGAUUGUGCCCGUAAACGUUCGACUGGUUCGAGACGACUUUGCUCUCGUGAAGCUGGACUGCGGCAUCGAGGGCAGGGUGGAGGCGCACGAGGUGACGAGCCGCGCGUCCGUCAAGGAUGUCCUGAGCACGGGACAGACGGCGCAGGCCAAGAUCCUGGAGCUCAACUACAAGGACUUUAUGGCCAAGCUGUCCAUGCGGGAAGACUCUCUGCGCAUCCCGUACAAACGGCCCAUCAACUACGGCCGGGACGGCUGGGACUAUGCGCUCGAGGCCAAGGACAAGGAGGAGCUCCGCGAAAAGGACAAGACGACGGGUCGCACGCAGCGAGUGGUGAAGCACCCCAACUUCAAGCCCUUCAACUCGGUGCAGUCGGAGGAAUACCUGGGUUCGCAACCGCUCGGCGAGGUCAUAGUUCGACCGUCGUCCAAGGGCAACGACCACCUGGCCAUUACCUGGAAGGUCGCCGACAACGUCUACCAGCACAUUGACGUGCUGGAGAUGCAAAAGGACAACGAGUUUUCGGUCGGCAAGCUGCUCCGGGUGGGCGGCAAGUACACGUACAGUGACCUGGACGAGCUGAUCGUGGACCACGUCAAGGCCAUGGCGAGGAAGGUCGAGGAGCUGAUGCGCCACGACAAGUACCAGAAUAGGUCCCGGGGCGAGACGGAGAAAUGGCUGACGACGUACAUUGACGCCAACCCCAACCGGUCCGCAUACGCGUUUUGCAUCGACACGAAACAUCCCGGGUAUUUCUGGCUGUGCUUCAAGGCCAGCCGGACGGCUCGGGUGAUUGGGCUACCGAUCCGAGCCAUUCCGCAAGGGUACGAGCUCAAGGGAUACCAAUACCCGGACAUGCGCGCGCUGUGCAACGGCUUCAAGCUGCGGUACCAGAAUGAGUUUUCCAAGAUGGGGACAAAGUGA